UCUUCUUGUUCAUUAAAAGCCCGAGUUUGAUCCUAUUCUUGUGUUUCGCCAUUUAUGUUUACAUUCAUUACAGAACAAGAUAAAAAAGAGGAGAAAGAUAUGAAAGGAAACAUCUGAUCUAUUUGGCCUCCAUCCUAUCAGAAGACAGUGGCAUUUCUUCUCACCGCUCAUGUGUUUUACAAGCACGUCAAGGGAUCUCUCGUCCUUGUCUCUGUAGCUCUGAAUGGCGUCAAUCUGCAGUGAUGGAGUGUGCUGUUCCCGUCUCGGAGGUCGUGCCAAAACCAUAGGCCUAAUCAAAACAACGGACAGGGCAGCUCGGUUACGUUACCGAACAGCGAUAAGAGGCGUGAGAUAGCCACGAUAAGAGGCAGUUAUAAACACACAGAUACAGGAUGCCUGGGAACAGUCUGCGUCUGACGACCACAGCGAAGGACUCUGCAAAACAAUUGUUCUUCGUUGACAACACUUAGUAGUGUGUUCAGCUGUAUAGUCUGUUUGUACCAAUGGGUCUCUCACUGUCAGUGUGGCCGUACAGCAGGGCAGACGACAGCCCUGCCUCCUCUUCAUCAGCUUUCCUUUCGCUGGCUGCCCCAACCUCCUCUCGCCUCGAGGUCACUCUGAACUCCUCUCCGGUCACUCCAGGAGACGGUCGCUCGCACUGGAGCACAGUCCACCGCUCUCCUCACUUCCUGCUGUCUGCCUGCAAACAAGAAGUGACACGUUCACCUGUUGAGCGGAGCAGCGAUGGGGUGAGGGCGGAGAUGGGUGUGAAGAGUGGGCUUCAUGUCUGGGAGGUGCUGUGGAGCCCCAAACACAGAGGGAGUCAUGCCGUCUUGGGCGUCUCCUGGCAGAACUGCCCUUUGCAGGCCUCAGGGUACAACGUGCUGGUGGGUGGAGACUUGCAGUCCUGGGGCUGGGAGCUCAAAACUAAUCAGCUGUGGCAUGCUGGACAGAUUCUGGGACUUUAUCCAGGAACGAGGAAGAGGUGUCACUCUGAGGCUGCUGAGUCUCCCACUCCAUUACUCACAAAGGCGGCAGAGACACCUCUCCCCAUUCCUGAGCGCAUCCUUCUAGUCCUGGACGCAGAUGCAGGGACUGUGGGAUUCAUUGUUGCCGGCAGCUUCCUCGGCGUGGCUUUUAAAGACCUUCCUAGUAGAGUGGAGCUGUUCCCGGCAGUGAGCAGCGUGAGAGGAGGAGCCAGCAUACGACUACGAUACCUGAACGGUGCCACACGUGAUCCCCCUGCCCUGAUGGCUUUAUGUGGACUGUCAAUUCAACAUUUUUUAGGGCAACAAAGGCAGAAUCAAAUGCACAAACUGCCUCUACCCUCUUGUCUCCAACACUACCUGCUUUCUAGUCAGUAACACUUAAGCAUAUGUACACACACACAAUAGGAAACAUUUUGUUAACUGUACCAAGAAUUUACAGAACAUUUCCUUUUGAUAUGAAAAAUUAUGUACAUAUUUAUUAUUUAUCUUAUUUAUUAAAAUGUAAAAUAUACACAGUUCACUGAUAAUAUUUUGACAGGUGUUUACACAGUGAGUUCGGAGGACAUUAUACUGCUGUUUCUUAUUUUACACAUGUGAGAGAAGUUAGCCUUCAGAGCUUUUUUUCCUAAACCUAACCUAAUUUUGUUGUCUAAAUCUAACCAAGUAGUAAGUAACCUGAGGGCAAACGUAUUCUUUAUUUUACUCAUUAAUAACUCCCAAAAAAAAACUGUAUAUAUUGAAUUUCUGAAUUCAUUUGUACUGCUCUAUGAACAAACUGAUUAAAUUAAUUUGUAUCUGA